AUGGCUGCAGUAUUACAACGGAUUACAAGGCCAUCUGCCCUGCGAUGUCUUUACAGGAAUGGGAUUCGAUCCAUGUCGAGCCAGUUUGGCUUUCAGCCUCAAUGGAACACGCAACAGCCUGAGCAACAAACACCACGCGCGAUAUCACUCCCCAUACCCUACGUGACAGAGACCACUGGUGGAGGCUGGAAAACCUCUGACAUCUUCUCGCGUCUUCUCCAAGAACGUAUCAUCUGUCUAAAUGGCGAAGUAGACGACUACAUGUCCGCGAAUGCUGUAGCACAGCUUCUCUUCCUCGAAGCCGAUAACCCUGAGAAGCCCAUCUCUAUGUACAUCAACAGUCCUGGUGGUAGUGUCAGCGCCGGUCUUGCCAUUUACGAUACAAUGAACUAUAUUCGGUGUCCAGUGACAACGAUAUGCAUGGGCAUCGCAGCAUCCAUGGGUUCACUACUUCUUGCUGGUGGCGCUGAAGGACAACGGUACAUACUGCCACAUGCUCGCGUCAUGAUACACCAGCCGAGCGGUGGUUACCGUGGCAAGGCCAGUGACAUCGCAGACCAUGCAAAGGAGAUUUUGAGGAUACGAGACAAGUUGAACAGAAUCUACCAGAACCAUAUCACCAAAAAGAGGACGCUCGAAGAGAUUGAGAAGUACAUGGAGCGCGACUACUUCAUGGAUGCGCAAGAGGCAGUUGACUUUGGCCUGGUGGAUAAAAUACUGGAGAGAAGGGAAGCCCCGGGAAAGGAAGCGGACAAGAAAUAA